CCACCCCUAAGACUACAUGUCCCGGAGGGCUUUGCGCGAGCCUUGAGCAGUGCAUUCUGGGAUUCGUGGUCCCUGCAUCUGCGCCAAGCCUGCCGGUAUUUGUGGUCUCGCCCGCGCUCGGGUCCCUCGUCCCUCGCCGCAAGCGGAAUGCUGGGACUUGUAGUUCAGAUGCCUGGCCCGCUGCCCCAGGCGUGUCCAGGAAUCGCUCCCACCGCCGCUGUGGCGGCGUUCCUCCGAGUAACGGGGUAUGCUUAGGCGUCCUCAGGGUCUCCACAGGCUCGAGUGCACGCGCGUGGAAAAGAUCCAGAUGCAGCAGGACUGGAAGCAGCUGGGAGUCGCUGUGGUGGUUUGGGACGCGGUGCUCAUGGGACCAUCACGGAUCGAAAGGGCACCUCUGGGCAUCACAAAUUCCUUUCAGCUCAUGUCUGUUUUGGGCAGAGAGAGGCAGGCUGUUGCCCAGAGCCCAGGCAGAGGGACCUCCAGCAGCUAUGGCUGACUCCCGACCCCCUGCACCUCUGAACUGUCACUCUCUGCAGGUGACCACGGCGUGGCUCUGUGCCUGGUCUCAAGCAGCUCGAGGCUGGAGGACCGCAAGCCCAAGUCAGGGUCACAUCCAAGACUGGGGACUUUGCUCUGGUCUGUUUGCUCCCAUCCCCCCACCCCCCACCCCUAGUCUGGCAGCAGCUCCCACCAAGUUCCCCGCCCUCCCUGGCACCCUCGCUCCACUGUUUGUCAGAUCAAAGCACAGUGACCCAGGGCCUGACCGCAGUGAAGGCCCUUGUCCAGGGCACCCACCCCUAAGCCAAGCCCCACGCCACCCACGAAGCUGGGGCGGGCGCGGGUUGAAAUUUAACCACCAGGCUCGGGGCUUUGGGUGAGUUUUUACAAAAGACGUAGGACCACCCCGCUCCUCAUUGUCCGACCGAGGUGAGGACCGAGAGUAGAAGAGCCUCCGUCCUGCUUCGGGCCCUGGGGUGCGGCCAGAAGAUGCUCAGGGCCCCGCUGUCCUGCAGGGGCCACGUGACGUCUUCGGCUUUCUCGGGCCUGGUCAGGCAGCGGUGGGGGACCCUUCGCGGUCACUGGCUACGGCCGGAGCGAUGGUGCGUGCAGGCUCCCUGCGGCCCGAGAAGGAGGAAUAACGCUGUGCACCCACUCUGGAAGGACCCCGCCUCCUCGCCAGGGGGCACCCGGCCGUCCCCUAUCAACAUCCGCUGGAGGGACAGCGUCUAUGACCCCCGGCUGCAGCCCCUCAGCGUCUCCUACGACGCGGCCUCCUGCCUCCACGUCUGGAACACCGGCUACCUCCUCCAGGUGGAAUUCGACGACUCAACCGAUUGGUCAGGAAUCAGCGGUGGGCCCCUGGAGAACCCCUACAGACUAAAGCAGUUCCACUUCCACUGGGGAGCGGUGGACGAGUGGGGCUCCGAGCACACAGUGGAGGACCACGCGUACCCCGCCGAGCUGCAUCUGGUUCACUGGAACGCUGUGAAAUACCAGAAUUACAGAGAAGCUGCAACGGGAGAACAUGGCCUGGCUGUCAUAGGUGUAUUUUUAAAGCUGGGGGCCCGCCACGAGGCGCUGCAGGAGCUGCUGGAGGUCCUGCCAGACAUUAAACACAAGGACUCGCGGGCGGCCCUGGGCCCCUUCCAGCCCUCCUGCCUGCUGCCCACCUGCCGAGAUUACUGGACGUACCCGGGCUCCCUGACCACGCCCCCGCUCUCCGAGUCCGUCACCUGGAUCAUCUAUAAGAAGCCCAUUGAGGUGGCUCAGGACCAGGGGCUCAUCAGGUGCGUGACACAGACAUGCCUGCUGCCGAGACAAGGGACAGUAUCUGAAGAUGUGACCACACCUGGACAAGUGACGACACCUGGACAAGUGAGCACACCGGGACAAGUGACCGCACCGGGACAAGUGACCGCACCUGGACAAGUGACCGCACCUGGACAAGUGAGCACACCGGGACAAGUGAGCACACUGGGACAAGUGACCGCACCUGGACAAGUGACCGCACCUGGACAAGUGACCACACCUGGACAAGUGACCGUAGCUGGACAAGUGACCGCACCGGGACAAGUGACCGGACCUGGACAAGUGAUGACACCUGGACAAGUGAUGGUACCCAGACAAGUGACCAUAUCUGAAGAAGUGACCACACCUGGACAAAUGGCCACAUCCGCCAGUCUCUCCACGUCUCUCCUGACACGUGUUCCAGCCCCCGCUCUGCUGGGGAAGAAAGUCAAGGGUUGGACCCAGGUGGGAUCCGGUGCUCAGCUGGCCUGUCCACUGGCCCUGGUCAUGCCCUCUCACCAGCCCACCAGCCGCAGCUCCGUCGGGGGGGGGGAUUCACCCUGGCCCUCCCACCCAUCCAGAGGCCAGGGUUGACACUUCCUACUGCACAGAAGAGGAAACGCAGUCUCCAGAAGCUGAGCACCGUCCCUCCCCGGACCCUGGUAGGAGGCGGCAUUGGAACCCAGAACCUCUAACUGUAGGCCUGCGUGUGUUGCUUAGGUAAAAAUUCAUGUAAUGUGAAAUUAACUGAGAGUUCUCUUGUGGCUCAGUGGGUUAAGGGUCUGUUGGUGUCACUAUAGAGGCUCAACUUGCUGCUGUGGCACAGGUUCCAUCCCUGGCUUAGGCUGGGGAUGUGGCCCCCAAAAUUAAAAUUAAAUUAAAAUUAACCAUAUGCCAGAAAGAGAAAGACAAAUACCAUAUACUGUCACUCAUGCGUGGAAUCUAAAAUAUGGCACAAACGAACCUGUCUCCAAAACAGGAACCAAUCACAGACAUGGAGAGCAGACUUGUGGUUGCCCAGGGGGCAGGGGAGGAAGCAGGACGGACGGGGAGUCUGGGGUGAGUAGAUGCAAAUUAUUACAUUUAGAACAGAUAAGCAAUGAGGUCCUGCUGUACAGCCCGGGGAACUCUAUCCAAUCUUCUGGGAUAGACCGAGAUGGAAAAUAUUAAAGUAAAAUAAAUAAAUGCCGACUUUUUAUUUAAAAAAAUUAAAUGUGGUACAUGUUUAACCAAAGACAUUGAACCCUUCUGAAGUGGACGGCUGGGUGACAUUCGCAGCCUCCCAUCGACGUGCAACCUUCACUACCCUCUGGUUCCAAGACAUCUUGUCGCCAGGAAGAAAAAAAGAGGCCCUGCUACCGGUCGGUUCUCCCCUCCCCGGCCCCCGCCCCAGCAACCCCGGCGAUGCUCUCCCUGUCUGCCCAGGUUCACCUUUUCUGGACGUUUCAUACAGACGGAACCAGACGCUGCCACGUGUCCAGCCCUUUCCCCGAGCACAGGGUUUUCAGGGUCCGUCCACCUCGGGGGGCGGGUCAGUCCCUCACGCGCUUCCGUGGCUGAGUGACAGUUGCUCUCUGCAGGGGCCACGUGCUUUCUCUAUCAGCCGACAGGCAGGCCCGAACUCUCAAACUCCGUUUCCCACUAGUGCUCUUCCGGCAUCUUCCAUGAGCAAGGCCAGCUUUCUGAGCAAAAGGCCAAACCUGUGGGAAUCAUGACCCUCGCAGCGGCCGGUCACAAGCCCAGGACAUCAAUAAAACCCAGGCAAACUCUUUCUCUGU